AUGAAAUCUUUAUGUGAUAUUUAUGAAUCAUGUGUUUUUGCUCUUAUAAUUGUAGAACCAACAAGCUAUGAGGAGACACAAGGCAAAGAUGAAUAGAAGAAGGUAAUGCAAGAAGAAAUUACAACAAUUGAGAAGAAUGGCACAUGGGAGUUGAUUGACUUACCACAAAAGAUAAAAGCAAUUACAGUCAAGUGGGUUUACAAAGUGAAGUAUAAACUAGAUGGCAAUGUUCAAAAAUACAAGAUAAAGUUAGUAGUUAAGGGAUAUACACAACAACAAGGUAUUGAUUACUUUGAAAUAUUUUCUCCAGUUGCAAGAUUUAAAACAGUUUGUAUUGUUUUAAUUGUGGCAGCUCAAAUGAAAUAG